CGCGCGCUGGCGCCGGCGGCACCUCCCGUGCCCCGCCGUCCCCUCCCUCAGUCCCGCUCGGCGCCGCCGCCGCAGCACCCGCGGAGACGGAGCCGCUCUGCGUAGCGCUGCCUCAUCCUCCUCUUCCUCCUCAGCUCCGCUGUCCCCCGGGCACGAUGCAGUUUAUGUUGCUUUUUAGUCGCCAGGGGAAACUGAGACUCCAGAAGUGGUAUGUCCCAUUAUCUGACAAAGAAAAGAAGAAAAUCACAAGAGAACUUGUUCAAACGGUAUUAGCCCGCAAACCGAAAAUGUGCAGCUUCCUCGAAUGGAGAGACCUGAAGAUUGUCUACAAAAGAUAUGCAAGUCUCUAUUUCUGCUGUGCUAUUGAAGAUCAGGACAACGAACUAAUAACUCUGGAAAUAAUUCAUCGCUAUGUAGAACUUCUUGACAAGUAUUUUGGCAGUGUAUGUGAACUUGAUAUCAUCUUCAAUUUUGAAAAAGCCUAUUUCAUUCUGGAUGAGUUCCUUUUAGGAGGGGAAGUUCAGGAGACUUCCAAGAAAAAUGUUCUUAAAGCCAUCGAACAAGCAGAUCUUUUACAGGAGUUGUUUGUCAGGCUGCCCACGGUGCCAGGCCCUCUGUGUGGGGUGGUCCCAGACGUCCUUGGUGGGGUACAGAGGCCUCCCUGAAACUGCAGUGUGUUCCUUCUCACUGUUGCUGUGUUGUCCUUCAUAUCUCUGUUACUUGUUGUCUUCCAUUUAAUCCUUUAGCUUCACCUCUGCAAAGUUGGUUUAUCUGGUCUAGUUGCAGGUGGUGUUUACAUGUCCUGUAAAUGAAAAAGCUGCCAGGAACCAAAUAACCACUUUUGUCCUGUUGUUAUCUGACAAUCUAUCUUACUUUAUCAGUAGAUAAGAAGUUUCUGUCAAGAUGAGGCACUAAUUUCAUAGCAGUGAUUUGAGUCAAUUGUAUAAUUUUCUAUACCAUAUUUUUCAUGGCAAAGACGGUGAAUUCCUCAAGUUAUAAACCACUGAAAAUACAAACAGAGUGGGGAACACCCCAGGACUGUGUGGGAGAGUAGAAUUUUGGAAAGUACUGGAAAGGUUAACAACUGGAUAAACAUGAAGUGAACACUUCCAUGUCCUUAUUAAUUGAUACCAGUUAUGUAAAAGGGUACAUGGUCACUGUUUCUGGGCCAAAGAGUGUGCUAAAGAACAUGUGCAGCCUGGGAUAAUCUUUGAACACAACAACAGUGGGUUAUAAUCAGCCUCAUAAGACUGCUAGAAAAUGAGCUGCUCUCCUUCUUCUUCUGUCCAGAGAACUAAUGUAAAAUUAAAGAGAAAUAUGUCUGAGGUUUGAUAGGCAUUUCAGUGAGGACGCUGAUGGCUCCAGGCUUCCUAGGGCAAAACACUGGAAGAUAUAAGUGUUAUUUUCAAGGAGGAGGGGAAUCACAUGUGUACUUAUAUUUCCAGGUAAAAAAUGGGCAUUUUAGAUUGUUACAAUAUGCCUGUUUUUCAGUUGUCUUCAUGAAUCUAUAUCAUGCCAGCAGUGUAAGUAAAGCAGGAGUUUUCUAUAAGGAUCUCUCUGGGAAUCUUUUGUCUGUGGAGGCUCCAGGAGUUCUAAAGUUAAUACUUUUUUGUUUUUAGUCAAAACUUCUAUUCUUUGGGGAGUACACUAUCAUCAUGCAAUUCCUUUUCCGGUUAGGAAUAUGCCUCAGCGUUUUGUUUUUAAUGUAGGCUGACACUUCUGACUUACGCAGUAUGAGAGGUUUUAAGAGUUAAAAUUCACAUUUGUAAUUCCGUAUUAUAUACUAGAUUAUUUUGAAUUCUGCCAAAAAUCACAGCAGACUAGAACUUAUUUGCAGUUGUCACUGAGUUAUAUAGGUGCUGUUAUUUUUUGAACUACUGAAUUUAUAGUUAGCUUGGUCAGAAUAAUUCCAACUACUGUGGGAUAAUCUUGGGAUUACUGAUACUGAAAAGCAAUAUAAGUGUUGUAAAACUCCUAGGAUAUUUUUGUUGUGCUCUUUUUUGUAAUUUGAGAUUAGAGUUUAAAAAUUUACAAGCUUGAACAUGUGAAUAAACUGAGAUGUGAAUAAGCAGAGGAGACAGGUUUAUAAGUCAUGGGAACUUCCUCCAUUCUGCUGUAAGACUUCUGUAAUUCUGGGGAGUGGAAUACUGAAAUAGGUUGAAGAUUGUAAUGGGCACAUAAUGAAAAAUGUUAACUGAUAUUCAGAGAGUUGAGUUUUGUGUGUUUUGUUUUCACUCAGAAGAUGUGUAAUGGGCAUAUGUGGGGCUGAUAUUCCUAAAUUGCUAUAACUGCAUUAAAAAUAUCCUCAUCUGUCUUCAGGGCACUGAUUUUUAAUACAGAAAACUGAGUGUUGCUUUAUUUCUAGCUCAUCUUUCAGCAAAUUGUGUACUAACAUUCAUGCUAAUCAUACAAGAGUGUAUUGAGUUCAGCAGCAUAAUUCAAAAGCAAAGAAAACUUUGCCAGCUAUGAGAGGUGUAUCAGACACCUCCCUUUUUUAAAACAGACACUGUUUCUAUAAAAUGUAAUUUUUGUCACCAGUAGUGGCACAGCUCUGCUGCCGUGGCACGUGCUGCUCACAGCCGUGUGUGAGGGGCCUGGUGCCUCUAAAGGUGUGUUUAUUAGAGCAGCUGUGGUGGGUGACGUCAGAUGUCACUUAGCCCAGUGCCCAUCUCUGACAGAGGCCCACAGUUGAUGUCUCCAUAGAGACAAAAAUUGUGCAAAUAAUAGAGAGGGUGGUCCAUCUCUGGAGCAGUCUCUCUGCUUCAAACGUGUUUGGGCUGAGAAGAAACUCUUAGCUUAUGUAAUACAGUAACUGUGAUGUGAACUUGUUCUGUGUGUUGUUGGACCCAGCAUGCAAGCUGGGGGGGGGGAGGGUGAAAUGAUGGUUCUCCCCCCUCCGAAAAUUUAGAGUAGUCAAAAAUGGAAUAUUGUAUUUCUGUAUCAAAUGUCCUUUUAAUGUCAGAGAUACAAUGAUGAAAUAAUAUUUUUGUUUUCUUGCAUAUCUGUCCACCGUUUUAUUAUGUAUAAGAAUAUGUACAUUUCUU